CCCCCCCGAAUCGAAAGCGAAAGGGGCCGGGGAGGAAGGGCGGAGCUGGCCGCCAGGCGCCGCCCCCUGCCCUGCGCGGCUGCUGGACCGACGGGCGCGCCCAGGUAGGGGGCGGCUGAGCCGCGCAGUGCGGACCCCCGCGGGGACCUGCGUCGCCACCGCCGUCACCAUGUCUCAGGAAGGUGUGGAGCUGGAGAAGAGCAUCCGGCGCCUCCGGGAGAAGUUUCAUGGGAAGGUGUCCUCCAAGAAGGCGGGGGCUCUGAUGAGGAAAUUCGACAGCGACCACACCGGAGUGGGUCGCUCCAUCGUGUACGGAGUAAAGCAGAGAGAUGGACAGGAACUGAGUAACGACCUGGAUGCCCAGGACCCUCCAGAGGACAUGAAGCAGGACCAGGACAUCCAGGCAGUGGCGACCUCCCUCCUGCCACUGACGGAAGCCAACCUACGCAUGUUCCAGCGUGCCCAGGACGACCUUAUCCCUGCCGUUGACCGGCAGUUCGCCUGCUCCUCUUGUGACCAUGUCUGGUGGCGCCGUGUGCCCCAGCGGAAGGAGGUGUCCCGGUGCCGGAAAUGCCGGAAGCGCUACGAGCCAGUGCCAGCCGACAAGAUGUGGGGUCUGGCUGAGUUCCACUGCCCGAAGUGUCGGCACAACUUCCGGGGCUGGGCACAGAUGGGGUCCCCGUCCCCCUGCUACGGGUGCGGCUUCCCCGUGUAUCCAACACGGAUCCUCCCCCCGCGCUGGGACCGGGACAUGGAUCGCCGCAGCACCCACACCCACUCCUGCUCAGCAGCAGACUGCUACAACCGCAGAGAGCCCCAUGUACCUGGGACAUCCUGCGCACACCCCAAGAGCCGGAAGCAGAACCACCUGCCCAAAGUCCUCCAUCCCAGCAACCCCCACAUCAGCAGUGGCUCCACGGUGGCCACCUGCCUGAGCCAGGGCGGCCUCCUGGAAGAACUGGACAACCUCAUCCUGGAAGACCUGAAGGAGGAGGAGGAGGAGGAGGAGGAGGAGGAGGAAGAGGAGGGCGGGCACAGGGAGUGA